UUAAUUUGGGUGAAGUGUUUGCUCUUUUGCCGCACGAGUGAGUGCUGGGCAGUAACGUGAGCCCAGCAGCUCCUUGCUCCGUGGUGGCCGGGCCCGGGCGGUGGGGCUUCCUCGGCGGCGUGACGGAGCGUGUGGGCAGGGGGAUGAUGAGGGGCACCCACCGUGAUGCACCCGAGCCCACAAGGGUCCCCAGGGUGCCGGACUCGAGGCCUGGCUGCUGACGGUGGGAGCUGGGAGCAGGGUGGGCCCCGCCCUUCUGGGCCCAGCGUGUGUGGCCUCCCAAGUGGCGGUGGCAGCGGGGGAGGGGACUGCCCCAGGUGAGUGGCUCCCAGAGCUCCAGAGUCCCCUUCCGACUCGGGGAUAUGUGAUCUAAUCGGGGCGCCGGGAAGUGAAGGUGGUCUGUCCCGUUGGCGUCGGUUGGCGUCUGUGGCCGGGGGCUCCGCGGAGGCUGGCUUAGGCUGCACGCUCAGAGUCGGCGCUCGGCGGGGCCGGCAUGGCCAUCGUCGCUGUGGUCGGUCACUGCUGGUGGCGUUCCAGGCCUCCUCGCUUGGUUCCUUUCAGCCACACUCACUGGGAGGUUCCUUUCCAGCCUCCCAAGGAAGUUCUGGCAACUGAGAGCUGCUGUUAUUGGCGUUCGCGCAUUUCCAUGGUUUUGUUAUCGAACACCUGUGCGUUGGGUUCAGCACAUAAAAGGUGCGGCCAGGCGCACCACCGCCUCCCACCCUGUGCCCUGCAGGCCCUGGCUUGCCUCCCGGAGGCGUCGGCCCCCCGGUUCUGCAGCCUCUCUCUGGGGCUGCUCGUGCGGAUGCAAGCAGCUACCGCCGGGCUGAGGAUGAGCUUUCUGUCGCCGUGCAAUACAACAGAUAUGCUGUGUUUACCAGCCUGGCCUCUAUCAGGAAUACCACCAGCAACUAAAAGGAAAAAUGGGCAGGCAUCGAUGGUAGGUCAAAUAUUUGAAGGAAGUGUGGUUGUGUUUGGAGGGCCUCAAGCGGUGAGUGGAGACCGAGCAGGGGGGCGGGCACGUGUCUCUGUUCGGUCGCCCAGUGCCAGCAGUCAGCUUGAAAGCGGGGUCCAGACCCCUGCCGCUGCACAUCACCAAGGGGAGAAGUUACCGGAACUCAGCUUCUGGAUGUUAGAAGACCCUGGCAUUUUGACACAAAUGCAUUGGUUUGGUAGGUUUGCAAAAGGGCCAUGUAAUGGAAAUCUAAUAGGAGAGGCUGGCGGGACACGUCCUGCAGCCACGUUAAAACAUGAAUUAUGGAUAAGGGAAUGGCGUAAGAAUAGCUGUUGUGACAGCUUCCACUUUUGGCCAGGCACCCUCUUGCCGGACUUGGACAAAACAACUCUGGUUCGAGGGGACGAGAAACUUCUCUCUGUGCUCUGCUCACACGGGCAGGGCACCUAUGCACCUGCCCCUGCCCCACCUGCCUGCCGAGGUGAAGCUGCAGCACUGGGAAUGGCAGUGACUUCCGUGGGCUGACAGGGAGUUAAAAAUACAAGUCGCCUUGGCAAGGGUUUUGCAAACACCUGCUUUGCAAGCUGUCCGCCCACACAGUGACCUUGGGAAGGCCUUGGGGAGGGGAGCCGGAGGAGCCAGGUUUUUUACCUCGACUUCCUAGGGCAUCAGCACUGCCUUUGUCCCUGGGCUCUUCGUGAAUCAGGAGGCAAGUGUACCAGCACGGGCUCAGGUGUGGGUGCUCCUCCUCCUCAUCCGACCCGGUCAGGACGGGACCAAGCUCCUGUCUUCGGCCCCCCAACAGCAAUGAGGGCGAGGCGGUGCUGAGCAGCAGCUUGUGCACCCCCGACCUAGGGUGGGGACAGGGCGGCGUGUGUCCUGGCAGUGGGCGGUGAGAAAAGCCGGGCCGGGCUCAGCGCUCGGGCUGCGGGGAGCGGGGGUGUUCCCUCCCUCCACAGGGAAGAAAAGGCCCUUGGUGCUGAGCUGCGUGGAGAGCCCGCGGCGGGGAGCCCACGGUGAGCAGCCGAGGCUGAAAGCCUGCCCUGCCUGGCGCCUGCUGGAGCCCACGCAGCGGCGACCAGGAACCCCUGGAACCGGUGGUUCUACUCAACGAUGGCCUGUAAAACAAGGUUGCCCUGCCAGCUAAGCGCUCCAGGGGUGGGGGCAGGUACCAUGGUAGGCAGCGGGGGGAGGGCUGGGGAGAGGGAGGGGACAGGGGACUGUCACAGGACACUUGGCCAGGGCAGCAAGUAAUUGAGCAAGAAACAGAUUUAAAAAAUUUAUUAUUUGAACUGACAUUUUAUAAAGUAUAAGCAAAAGGCAGACGAUGUUUUAAGAUACAAGAGCUCUGGUGUUGGGCCCUCUGGCUCCCCCAGUGGCACAGGAGUUUCUUAUCCCUAUGGGGGAGCUGGAGGGGGAAGUCUGGGCAACGGAAGAGCCGAAGAAAAGGAAAUGAUACAUCUGCUCACAACUCCAAACUUGCAAAGAGGCUCCCUCAAACUAGCCAGCAGGGAUUAAGGUAAGGUGGGAUGAACGGAAGGGGUGGACGUGGGCUAAAGGUGUUUUCUAAACUGCUGGGUAAAUGUUGAUUUAUAGAGGAAGAACCCUGCGCUCCUUUCCCCAUCUUCCAGGACGCAGACUUUGCAGCAGAAAACACUGCCUGAGAUUUCAAUCUGGAUCUGAUAAGCCCUCCUUCACAAAACCAGGCAAUUCUCCUUAAUGGGAGACGGUCUAAACAGUUUGGGGAGGUAAGAAAACCCCUAUAAUCGUGACAUUUUACACUGGGCUAGUUGCUGGCAGCGAAUGACAAUCGUUUAAAACUAUUUUUAGUUUGGUAAAAUUUUCUGGGUCUUCAAUUACCUUUAAUGGCCGGAAAGCGUGAACGUGUCUGUAAAAUGAGCAGUGAAAUCAAACUGGAAGGGCCUGCUUCAUAAAAGAAAAAUGUUUUACUUAGUGGUCUGGUUGCAUUAAGGCUGCGAGAGAUGAAAACCUUACAGAGCGAGGUCACGAGGAGGUCAGAGUCCCACAUGACAACAGGAGUAAAUAAAAUACUUCAUCUGCUAACUGCAGACGAGCUUCAUCUGUGAAGUAAUUUGGUUGAAAGGAAGCAGAAGACUGGUCCUGACAAAGCUGCCUGCCAGGGAAGGGGGCACUGCUCGGGGGCUUCAGUGAUGAGCCCCAGUUGCAGCCCUUUCUCUGGUUCCACUGUCCUGUUGAGUUGCAUGUGGGUUUUUAAUGAACAUCUUAAGUGAGCUGAAGACUUCCGCGGACUUCACAGCAUCUCCUACUUCCACAUACUCGUGUAUAGCAGGAAAGCUUCGUUUCUCUCUCAGAUUAGUGUAGGCACCCUGAAAAUCUCAUGUCCAUAAUUACUCCUUUUUCUGUUUCUCACAGCCCCUUGUGCCUUUUUAUUAUUUAUUUAUUUAGCAUCAAGAGUUGUGUAUUUUAGGGGCACCUGGGUGACUCAGUGGGGUGGGUCGUGGGAUCGAGUCCUGUGUUGGGCCCCGUGCUCAGGGGGAAGUUUGCUUAGGACUCUCCCCCUUCCUUCCCCACACUGUCCAAAAAAUGGUCUAUUUUGGCUUUUCAAAAAAAGCUGGUCCAGUGUAAAAUGGGUCAAGUGUGGGGUUUUGGCAUUAUGAUUAACUUUACGAUUUGUUGGUUUUCUGUUCCAUCAAGUUUUUAGCUAAUUCCUUCCUCUGGAGUCACUGUGUGAGGUGACAGCUAUCCAUUUAUCUUUAGCCUGUUUUUCAAGCCAUCCUUCUCUCUGUCCACUCUGGCCUCCCCCUGGGGUUUUGAUAUUCAGUGCUUUCAUGGUCACCCUGAUCCGGGGGGUGGGAGUGGCGUUCACAUCUUCCAUUUUUGUUUUUCACUUUAUCUAAUUUUAUUGUAUUAGGGGGUCACUGAACUUGGCUGGAUGUACCCUUGUGCAAUCUGAGAUUGUUUGUCCUUGUGGUCUUCAGACAGCCAUUUACUGUGCAUGGUCUAUGGAUAUUUAAAAAGGUGUAAAACAUUGAUCUGUUGGAUCAUGCUUGUAAAUUCUAUUAAGUAAAUGCUCUGAAUCCUU